AUGACGACAGGCUUGAUAUCAGAAGACACGACAGAAUGGAUUGUCCUUAUCCCAGAUGUCGAAGGAUCGCUCAAUACGCGAAUGAGGGUGAGAGAGACUCAUGUCAAAGAAAUGAUCCAGCACAUUGACUCUGGUCUCUUUCAAAUGGGAGGCGCCACACUCGAUGGGCUUUGUAUCAAUGGAAGCGCUAUCAUUGCUCGUGCCAAAUCCGAAGUAGACAUAUUAGCUGUUCUCCAGGCUGAUAUUUACGCAAGAAGUGGAGUUUGGGAUCUAGACAAAGCGAAGUUUAUCUCUAUAAGUACAUAA